GUGGGACUGGACAGAUGGACGAACACAAAAUGCCACUAAGCAACCCUGACCAAUGACUGACAAAUACAACACUGUUCAACUUACACACACAACUCUGAAAACGACCCGAUUGACGAAAGGAGGAGAAUAAGAAAGAAGCGAACUGAGCAAACGGACACUCGCAAGUACACGGCCACACGGAACGGACGGAUCUAUUGUAAAAGUGAACCUUAAUUAAUCUAGCUAGUAAGGACGCCUUCAAGCAAAAUAAAACUAUGUGUUAUUUGUAAAACUAAACUCGUGUGCGUGUAUUUAUUGAAGGGCCAUCCUACAAGUGGCGUCAAAAGUGGUACGAAUCCAUAAUAUGUGAAAAAAAAAAACUUAAACAGUGGAGUGUACGAGCAUAUGUGUAUGUGAAACUCGUAAGCGCGGAAUUAUAUAUACGCGAAAUUAAACAUUUUGUCAGGCGUCACUAAACGCAAAAUCGUUGGCUGUAUGUUUGUGCAUAUAAUUGCGCACGAAAACCAAAAAACCAAAGUUUUAAAUUAAAGACUGUACAUUCUAUGUGCUUAAAAGAACGGCACCUAACCGUUAUUAUAGUGGUCCGUGUGCGUCGUUGUACGGAAAAUUUUCGGCAUCGUUGCGGUACUUACCCAACCGCAAAAAUUCGCAAAGACAGCGCAUAUCUGCUCGGCUUGGCGUAAAUUACGAAGAUCGCGGCAGCGAUCUGCCAACUAUAAGACAACGCACAACAAACUAAAACUCUGCGCAAGAGUACAGCGACGACAACAGCGGCAGAAUCGGCAACUACUAGUCGAGCAAAGCGCAACUCACUUCAGCUACGACUGCGCAAGAGUACAGCGACGACAACAGCGGCAGAAUCGGCAACUACUAGUCGAGCAAAGCGCAACUCACUACAGCUACGACUGCGCAAGAGUACAGCGACGGCAACAGCGGCAGAAUCGGCAACUACUAGUCGAGUAAAGCGCAACUCACUACAGCUACGACUGCGCAGUAGUACAGCGACGGCGACAGCGGUGCGUUGAGCAUCAAAACCAACGCGCAGGCAACGCAAAACCAACGUAUAGUAGCGAGGGAGCGAAGAGCCAGGCGACAGAAGUUGACAGCAGCGGGGUUGAAAUCUCAACCAAGAAGCAGAUGAGUACAUGUUGUGAAUUUAAUGUAUGUAUGUAUAUUGUAAUAUGUAGUCGCACAUGUGUGUUUCCUUCAUUUUACGUUUACAUACAAACACAAAAUAUUUUCCAAUAAGAAAAUUUGAUUGUAGCAGCAAUAAGAGUGAAAUAUUUUCCAAAUUAUAUAUGUACAUACGGGUAUAGGCAAAUACGCGUAUACGAAUAUAAGCGUGUGAUCAACAAACAAAAUAUUUUCCAAUAAGAAAAUUCGAUUGUAGCAGCAAUAAGAGCGAAAUAUUGUCCAAAAUUACAUAUGUGCAUACUUGUAUAAGCGAAUAUACGUAUACGAUUACAAACGUGUGGCCAAUAAGCAAUUGAAAUAGCUUUUUUUGAUAAGGUUGAACAUUUAAAUUUGUAAACAAUGGACCGCGACGCUAUUCGAAACUUGACGGUUGACUGUUUAAAGGAAAAAUUGGGGGAGUUAGGCUUGUCGACGACCGGACGUAAAUCGACUUUACAAGGCCGAUUACUGGAACAUUUUGGCCUUAAUGUGAGGGACGGCGGAGAAACCGAUGGCGAUGAGGUAGAAAGCCAGCAGAGCGUGCGCGAGGCUAGGGUUGGAAGGUCCGGUUUUACUCUUCGCGACAUUGAGGAUUCUAUGACCUCAUUCAGCGGAUCAGGGCGUCCCAGUUAUGAGCAGUGGCUCGAAGAUUUUGAGGCGAACGCGGAAGCUGUAGGUUGGGAUGAGUUACAACGUUUUAUUUACGCAAAGCAGUUGUUGAAGGGCGGUGCGAAAAUAUUAAUUCGCAGCCAAAGCGGCAUUGUUAGUUGGUGCUCCCUAAAGCACGCAUUGCAGCAAGAAUUCGGCGACGCGCUGUCAUCCGUCGAAGUGCAUCGAGCCCUUCGCAACCGUAGGAAGCAUCAGGGGGAAGAUCUCAGAGAAUAUCUAUACGUUUUAAUGGAAAUAGGCAAACCAAUAAAAAUAGACGAGGCCAGCUUAAUCGAUUAUUUUAUCGAGGGGAUACCCGACACUAGGUCGAAUAAAAGUAAUCUGUAUCAGGCGAAGGCUAUCCAACAAUUGAAAGAGCAAAUAAAGGUAUAUGAGAAGAUCCAGGCCAACAAGCCUCAGACUAGCAGCAACGCCAAAUCGUCAUCAAACAAGGUUUUGCCAAGCUCAACAGCGAAAGUUAGAGGAUGUUUCAAUUGCGGUGACACCGCGCACCUAGCUAGGAAUUGCCCUCGCAGGCGAAUGACUUGUUUCAAAUGCGGCAAAGAGGGCCACAAGGCAGCUGACUGUAGAGUACCUCAGAAUCCCUUCAACGCUGAGAGGAACCACGUGAACACUAUGUCAGACGACUUGCCUCUUCCGAAGUCGGGAAAGAACAGUAACUUAAUAUUCAAAGAUAUAAAUUUUAACGGAGUAAUCGCAUCUGCCCUAAUCGACACGGGCUGCGAUUUGUGUCUGAUGCGUUAUGAUACGCUUAUGAUGUUGAAUUUAGAUGUAGAUUUGGAUAACGAGAGGCGUAGGUUAGUGGGGAUCGGUACUAGCGAGCUCACCACAUUGGGCAGCUUUACCGUAUACCUCAUUAUAGACGACGUUCAGCUAAAAUUUACCUUUCACGUAGCCAGGGAGAGAGAUAUAAAAUACGCGCUCGUAAUUGGGAACAACGUUUUGAAACAAGUUGACCUAAUCGUAACAGAGGACGGCGCGAAGUUCAGGCAGAAGGCAGAGAAACAAAGCGAGAUGCAAGUAGAUAAAUCAGCUUCGGCGGUUAACAGGUCACAUGGUACAGAGGUAAAGUGUGUGACGGUAGACGGCAGAUUCGGCACAAGGGUGCAGGCGGGCGCGAAGAGGCGCGUGGACGCGACAGUUGAGCUACAAAGGCAGACUCAAGGGCAUAAGGCGUCGGUGGCAAAGGGCAUUAAUAAGGCGGGCGUUGUAGUAGCGAAGACGCGAGCGAAUGCGAGAGGUCGGAGGACAGCAGAGGUGGAUGCCGUUGGAGUAAUAGCAUCUAAUGCUGCUAAGCGCGAUAGAGUAGUGGCGAGAGAUACUAAUAGAGUUGACGAACUAGCCGCAGAAUUUGAGGAGUUAUGCCUGGUUGCUGAUUUGAGAGAGGUGCUAGCUGACGACGUUGAUCUGGCACAUUUGAACAAGGAGCACGAAGAGUCUGUGAGGAGAAUGAUAGCGGAAUACAAGCCCAUAAAGAAUACCAAGUCGCCAGUAGAGAUGAAGAUCCUGUUGUCGGAUGAUGCUCCCGUAUACGAAAGACCAAGGCGCAUGUCGCACUCCGAUAGACAGACUGUGGACCAUCAAGUCAAGCAGUGGCUGGAAGACGGGAUAAUCCAACCGAGCACCUCCGACUACGCAUCCCCGGUCGUACUCGUCAAGAAAAAAGACGGCAGUAAUAUGACACUCCAUUCUUUGCAGUAG